UCUAUUAUCAGUGACCGCUUAAAGCAGAAGGCAGCAGCAGGCUUGGACUCACACAGGUGAAGACCAAGAUGAAGACGGAGCUCCUCCUGCUCGGCGCCGCGCUGCUCUGCGCUGCCGCUAAGCCAGUGAGCAAGGCAGCGCAGAGGAACAAGCUGCUGCUGGUCUCCUUCGACGGCUUCAGGUGGGACUACGACCAGGACGUGGACACGCCGCACCUAGACCGAAUGCUGCAGGACGGGGUCAAGGCCAAGUACCUGACCCCUCCGAUGCUCACCAUGACGUCUCCGUCCCACUUCACCAUGAUCACCGGCAGAUGGGUGGAGGAUCACGAGGUCGUCCACAACAUGAUGUUCAAUGCAAAGACGAACCAAAAGGUUCCUCACAAGCAGACUCUGACGAGAUCAGAGUGGUGGGAUAACGGAGUUCAACCGUUAUGGAUCACAGCUCAGAACCAGGGUCUGAAGACGGGGUCCUUUUACUUCCCUGGGGGCGGGGCUAACUACAGCGGCCAAGUUGUCAACCGGGCAGUCAUGGAGGAAUCUGGUUACCCGGAUGACAAUGAGACGGAGUGGCAGCAAAAUAUAGACCGGGUGAUGAGCUGGUUCUCUGACGAAGACUUCGACCUGGUGACGCUGUACUACGGCGAGCCAGACAACGUGGGCCACACCAAGGGUCCGGACCACCCCGACAGAAAGCAGAUCAUCCGCCAGAUUGACCGCACCAUCGGCUACCUGCGGGAGGCCAUCCUCCGCCAUCGCCUGGGCGACAGCCUGAACGUCAUCAUCACCUCCGACCACGGCAUGACCACUGUGAAGAAGCGGCCGCAGGUGGAAGAGAUCGUUCUCAACAAAUACCUGAAUCUGAUUAAGCUGGCCAGCUUCGAGAUCUUGGACUACGGCGGGUUCGGCAUCCUGACCCCGCGGCCUGGCAGGGAGCAGGAGGUGUUCGACGCCUUGUCCAACGCACCCAACCUGACAGUGUACAAGAAGCACAAGCUCCCUGAGAGCUUCCAUCUCGCCAAGAGCCGACGGCUGCCCCCCAUUGUGGUCGUGGCCGACCUGGGAUUCAACCUGAACUCGAGGUUCAUCGUAUAUGUGAACAAAGGCGACCACGGCUACCACAGCGGCGAGAUGGAUAUGAAGACCAUCUUCAGGGCCUUCGGACCCGACUUCCGCAGGAACUUCCUUUCCGAGCCAUUCGACAGCAUCCACAUCUACCCGCUGAUGUGCCGAGUGCUGCAGAUCCAACCGGCGCCGCACAACGGAUCCCUGGCCAUCACCGAGGGGAUGCUGCUUAACAGCGGUGGAUCACAGAGGUCUCGCCUGUCUGUCGCUCUGUUGCUGUCGACGCUGCUCUUCCUGUUCACUGAGUUGUGACCUCAACCAGGACCUGCCUGUCAGUAUUUGUAGCGUAGUGAUAUUAUGAAGCAUUGUUGGUGGUAUUUCUACACAGUACUAUUCUAUAACCAAUAGAAGGUGUAGUGGGUCGUAAAUCAUGGCAGAAAUCACAGAUUCAGAGGUCACAUGACA